GGCUGCUCACUUCGAAUAAGUGAUUUUGUGCUCGCGAUCAGUGCCCAGCCGGGGUAGAUGGGUGGUAGAGUUGCGUGAGGGGGUGCAGAAGGGAUUUUUCGGGAUAGUGUUCGAUUUAAGUGCUUUGUGUGCGAAAUAAUCCCGGAAUAGUGUCGGAUGGACGGCGCCUGCGCCCUGCCACAGUCUGCAAAACAGUCGAGACGAUUAUUACCGGUCACAGUCAGACAUGAGACAUGUUAGGUGAACGUCUGCUGGCGUUGUGAAUCGCGACUAGACAGAGAAAGAGUGAGAAGGAGAGCGGUAAAACUGCUUCGGAAGGACAACUUUGUGCCGAACAUUCGAAAUCGCCACUAAAAUUCACCUUUAUUAUGUAAUGUCGUUACCUGCCGUCCGAAAAAACAGCGGCCGGUGCGAUAGUUACGGUGUUAAAAAAUUCGUUCGCGACAACAGUGUGAACAAGUGCAUAUUUUAUACCGCGUUAGUUCCUUAAUAAUAAUGAAUCCAGUGCUUAAACACGCUUCUAGUAGUUCCCUGUAGCCGCUUAGGACAGAUAAUAAGAUGAUGGAAGUGACCCCUCACCUGAAGAGCGUCCUGAAGAACUACCAACACAGUGCCACGAAGAGCCUGCAAGGACCCGGCCUUUCCCUGGUCACCGCCAAGAAUGAGCUACCGUCGCCCGAGAUUAAGGAGGAAGAGUUCGUACCCGCCCCCUUUCCCACUGUACAACAGGUCCCCAUCCUGACCACCCCCGACACCUCCUGCAGCGAACGUUCCGAGACGGUCCUCGAGGGCGAGUCUAUAUCGUGCUUCGUGGUGGGCGGCGAGAAGCGCCUGUGUCUACCCCAGGUGCUCAACUCGGUCCUGCGGGACUUCACCCUGCAGCAGAUCAACCAGGAGUGCGACCAGCUGCAGAUCUACUGCUCCAGGUGCACCCCCGAGCAGCUGAACGUGCUGAAGAACCAGGGCAUCCUGCCGAGCAGCGCCCCCAGCUGCGGGCUCAUCACCAAGACGGACGCGGAGCGAUUGUGCAGUGCCUUGUUGUACGGACAGGUGAGCUCCGUGCUAAGACCGCGCAAGGGGGCCCUGUCGAUUCCCGUGUACCACGAGUGCUUCGGCAAGGCCCACGGCCUGUGCUUCCCGGAGUUGUACACCAGCAAGAAUGCAAAAUGUAUCGAGUGCGAAGACUGCCAGGGCGGCUUCUCGCCGCAGCAGUUCGUGUGUCACGUUCACCGGGACCUGGAGAAUAGGACCGUGCACUGGGGGUUCGACUCCUGCAACUGGCGGUGUUACGUGCACGUGCCCAUCGACCACGAGGAUUACAAACAAUUCGCUAAGAUCCUGGACGACAUGAGGGAGCAGUACGAGGGAAAGAUGGCGUUCCCACCGCCGGCAGUGGACCCCGUCAUCAAAAGGAAACAGGUCCCCACCGCUGAGCAACUACUCAAAGACCACGAGCUGCCCCUGAAGAAGCAAAAACUCAACGAGUACCUCAACAACCUCAACCACAUACCCUACAACAUGCAGCACGCCAACUGCAUCCAACAGAUCUACGCCAGUCUGGACCCCCUGUACAUCCACCAAUGCCUUCAGGAGUUCUCAAAUGCCAACCGCCACAUCUCAGCUUUCAAACCGGUGGUGCAGAGCAUCAAGGAGUCGAAAAUCCGGCACGCCAACACCUUGAGAUACACCACCGAUCCCCCCGUCUUGCAGAACCCCGAAAGAGUGGUUCUCAUGUCGGAAAGCGAGCGAUUCGAGAGGAGUUACCAACCCAACGUCGCGUUAGCGCCGCCCACCCCCAAGAAAUACAGAUACAGGAACGGCGAUGUGGCGACUUCCACGACGACCAUUAAAACCGAAGCGUUGUCACCGGUGAAGGUAGAAUCGACUAUUAAGGAAGAAGUCGUUGAGGAGCAACGGAAAACUCCCGAAAAGGUGAUUGAGUCGGCGGUCUCCGUAGUCCAGAGCACGUCCACUUUACCCAAGUACAACCCGGAAAUCGAGCUGUCGACGGAUACGGAAGACAGCGCCUCAGAAACCUCAGAAAAACAUUCGGAAUUCGGGAAAGUCGACGAGGUGCUCAAAGGAGUGGAGAGUAAUGUUAGGGAUAAAGUUUUGGAACUGUUUAAGAACUUAACGAAGGAGUACGAGAAAGUGGUGCAGGAAAGCCGUAUUAAAGACAAUAAAAUUAGUGAUUUAGAAUUAAGGAACGCCGAGCUGUCGAAGGAACUGGAAGGUAUGAGAGCGAAAAGUCCCGAGAAGGAGCCGGAGGUUGUGGAAAACGAGAAGAAUGAGACGGAGUGCAAAGACAAUAAGAGUUCUUCCAUUAUCGUAGUGAAUGAGAGUUCGAGCGUCGACCAGAAGCCGGCGGAGGCCCAGAAGAGCGUCAUCGCCAGCUUGGAGGAUCAAAAGGAAGCAAUCAUCAAGACUGCCCCCGAAUGAUCUGUGAUUGUUGCCAGACAGGUUAAGUUCUAAGGUAAUUUCAGUGGGUCGAGCAAAAAUUACGUUACACGCGCUGAUAAGCUGAUAUUAUUUGUCAUGUUUCUUUUACAAAACAUUCGAGAGGUUAAAUCUAUCAAGUGUGUGGGUUAAGUUCCACACGAAAUGUGGAACAGAUUUCCUAUUGAAACUCGUGUGGCCACGUUACGAAAAUAGAAUGCCUACAAGAUAGAACGUACUUUAUUCGUUUUGAGAUAUUUCUUGACGGACCUUUAAAUAAAACAUACGCGAUUAUGUAAUCGUUUAAUCGAUGUCAUCUGUAGGGGACCAAUAAUAAUUUAUCGUCAACAGAUGGUUUCAGUUUUAUUGUUUAUCUCGUAAAUUUAAACGCAAUCUGUCAACAUCGCUUAUUUAUCGGUUUUAUUUUAUCGUUCGAUAUGUAGAUGUGACGCAAAGUGUUUCGGUGUGCCAAUACCGGAAAUGGUAUUGGAAAUUCCAUAAAAUGAGUACAGUAGAACCUCGGUAAUCUGUUCUGGGCUCAGUCUGAAGUAGGGACUAGGAGAGGUUACUGGAUAAUCUUAGAUGACAAAUGAAAAAUGAGGAAAAAAACAAAUUGUUGUUAUUCUUGUAUUGAUUUACAAGAUUUAGAUAUUAAAAUAAAAAAAUCUUAAAAGUCGUAUUGUAUGUACUUACCAUGUAUAUACAAUAGUAUAACAUGUAUUUGAUAUAAUUUCAGAUUUUGCUGGCUCAACAUUAUCUGGAUUUGUAUUAUUAUUGGUUAAAUUCACAAAAUACUGAGUCUGUAUCAUAGAUGUAUGUAAUUUUUGAAGCAGUAAUAUUUGAUAAUGCUGGACGUUAUUUUCGUAAGCCUGCCAUAAGCAGGUAUUAAAACAGGGAACAGCUGCAUUAUUUUCAUUUUUGUCGUUUCUAUCGCCUUCAUUUUCUUCAGGAUAUUCUUCUAACUUCUGCCAUCUGAUAAAGAAUCUUCAUCUCUUGUUUUUCGCUCAUUGCUUUGAUUUAAGCGUUGAUGUAUUAUUUCCUACCUCAUUUAAAGGAAGUUAUUUCUUCAAUAUUCAUAUUCACUUGUACACCUGUUUUUGAACUGUUUUUAUCAACAAAUGAUAUUAGAGGCAGGUCAUCAUCAGCAGAAGUCACUGAAUUAACUUCCUUAUAGUUCCACAAAUCUUUCCAAGAUUUCUUUUUGAAAUUUGGAAUAACACUUCGCUGUUGUUAGGUUGGCCUGAAAGUCUUUUAUCACAUUUUGGUUUAUGGCUGUAUAGUUUGGAAGAAGAAAUAAUAUUGAUAUUUGUUUAUCAUUUAAGUUCUUGACACAUUAGCUGCUUUCUUUUGGUUGCCGUUUUCGGAUCUAAACGCGUUAUGAUCCCAAAAUCAUGUUCGUAGUUGUUUUCUUGUUUCCGGAUCUUGUCACAUUAUAUGAUCAGGAUAGGUAAUCCCCUUUCCUGUAUCUUACAACAUUUUCUGUAAUUCGAACUUUUGAUCACGAUCGCAUAUUUAAUAUAAUCUUAAAAUUGUAGUGGUUUCUUUUUUCUACUAUUUUUAUUUUAAUUGUGUACACAAAAAUAGGUAUACAUACCUAAACGAUAUUUAAAAUCAAAUCAAAUCAAAUGUCAACAGUAAACAAAAUCCUGUUCUCUUCGAAAUUGGAUUCAUGGAUCUAGUUCGUGUUUGUCUGAUCCUGAUUCGGUGAUCAUCAUUCAAAGCUGAAAGCGAAAGAAAACGGCUAUUAGCUGCUUUCUUUCGGGUGCCAUUUUCGGAUCUGAACGCGUUAUGAUCUCAAAAUCGUGUUCAGUUGUUUUCUUGUUUCCGGAUCAUGUCAGAUUAUCAGGAUCGGUAAUCCCCUUUCCCCUAUGAAUUAAACUUUUUCUGUGAUUCGAACUUUUGAUCACGAUCACAUGUUUUAUAACCUUAAAAUUGUGCUGGUUUCUUUUAUCUCUAAGAACUUUAUAUAUGCUCAACAUAUUGACCGUGUUUAAUGUUAUCAAGCUUUCCAAGCGCUUGGCUUGCAGCGCUUUAACUGUUCGCUUGCAAGCGCAUGCGGUUCCUUUAAACCGGUUCAAAUAUCUGUCUACGCUUGCUCGCGGCUCGCGGUUUAUUUGAAGGUUGAAUUCAUAACCACAGAUCAUGACAUAACCUAAGUUGUUAUAAUGGAUAUGUUUUGUGAAAAUACUUGUAAUGUAUUAUUUGCAAAUGCACCUUUACUAUUGCAUGAAAGAAACUGUGAUUGUGUAGACUUUUGUAAUCAACUUACAGCAAAUUUAAAAAUUAAUACACUAACAGCAGUAGAGCACUUUGAAGACCAAAACAGUAAACGAGGGAAUUUUUUCAUUUAUUAAAGCGAUGCCGUCUGCCACUACAACCUUGUAAGUCUGGAGUAAGCUUUCAAUUUCAAAUUAUUCCAUUUUUAAUUUUUUAACACAAAUACAAAAAAGUUUUCAAAUACUAUAAUUCUAACCUAAAAUCGAGUUGUCACAUUAUUCGCACAAGUGCAAAUUAACUGCUUACACCAAGUGCAAGCGAUAAAGCGAAAAUAUUUGUGCUUGUUGAUUUUUUUAACUGCUCAAUAUCAGCGCAAUCGUUUAGUAAAUGACAGCAGAAAGCAACUUGCAUGCAUACGCUUCCGCUUGGUUACAUUAAACACGGCCAUUGACUUUCUGAAUUACAAAAGAUCUAUGAACGUUGAAACUUUGUGAAAAUGUUGCAGUUAACAGAAUAUAGUCCGGAUUAUUGGAUUAAGCCACCUUUAGUCUGGAUUAACAUAGGUCCGAAUAAACGAGGUUCCACUGUAUUGACGGCUAGUAACCUUUUUGAAUUAUGUAAUUACAGUAGGUCAUAAGGGUUUCAGUACGAAAUGACAAAAAUAUUAAACGAGAUAUGUGAUAAAAACUUUAGAGACGUGCUGGGAAUGCUUGUAUUUUUUAGUUUUACUUGUUCGAACUGAACACAGAAGUGACGGAUAAAAUGUUAUGAACUCGAUUGAGAUACUGCAAAUUUUUCUGAAUAUUUCAGUAUUCAAACGAGAGUUUUAUUUUGUCACUUUGCAAUUUCGAAGACGAGCAUAUGUCCUUUAUUGUUUUAAAUAAUUGUAUUUGUGAGUUAAUCAUCAUUGUAGGGCAUUGUGGAGACCUGCCUCGUUAUUGUGAUACUGUUUUUUCUUAGAGAAAAUUUGUUGAUAAUUACCUCUUCCCUUUUUUUUUUUUUGUAAAAGACGUCAAUUAUCGAGUUUUCUGAACUGAUGUAAAUUUUGCUCCAUACUAUAUUAGUUGUUUCGCUUUAAAAGUGUUUGUAAAUAUUGUAAAAAGAAUACCUUCGAGGUCUCGUACUACAACUUAGUCAUAGUUUAUUAAAGGAACGCACUAGAGAUUUUUUUUUAAUUUGGAAUCGCUUUUGUACAUUUCGCUAUGUAGGAUUUAUAUGUUUUACGAAAACAUAGUUGUUAGAUUUUUUCUCAAAAUUGUUCUUGUUAUGGUUGUUUUAAUUUAUGAUUAUUGAAAAAUUGUUACUUGGUAAUAUUUUCUAAUGGAUUUAAAGUACAAAUUUUGGUGCGCAGCACCUGAAUAUAAUAAUCUUAGCUGGCGGGGUCCUCAUAAAGAGAAACAAUGCAAGCAGAGAGAACUACACUUUCCAUUUUGUGGGGCGCCCCGUGCGGAUUUUAGUGUGUGCUAGGCGACCGAGCGAAUGGCAAUACUUUUCUGUCCCUAAUUGCAUUUUUAACGGCGACCAAACUUUUUGGAAUAUUAUCUCAGGUAUUACGAAAUACAAUCAAAUUUUUUGUAUAUAGAGUUUAAAAAUGCGCGGGACGCAUAUCAGAAAUUAUUAAGAGUUGGAACUGUAAUUUUGGACAUAAAAAAGGCAUACCUCCAGUUAUAAGCGAGUAGCGUGAGUGGUUUUUAUGAGGAAUACGAAACCAUAAAUAAAUAUAUAUAUAGUAUAUAUACAUAUAUUUAAAUUAUUCUAUUAAUUUUUAGCUUGUUCUUUAUUUUA